AUCAAAAUGGUUUAUGAAACUGUAGUAUCUCAAAAGGGAGGAACAUCUGAAAGCAAAACAUGUUACGUUGUUACCAGAAAUGGGUAGUUUGGCAUAUAUCCAUAUGAAGUUUCCUUUGAAUUGUUCAUAAAAUUCCGUAUGAAGAUUUGAAAUCAAAGCUAUUUCACUCCCGUUCUCAUCAUCAUCCACAUCUUUGUUCUCAACAUACAAAGAAGCCACACCAUUCUAUCAUCUUCUUCCCCACCUGGCUCCGUUGCUAAUUAAUCUUUCUGAUAUCCCCUAAUUUCAUCCCAGUUUUCUCACUUCACCGUUUAGGGUUCUUGGCUUCUUCCCAAAGAUGAAGUGUUUCAGUAUUUUCAGUUCCAGAACCAAAAGAAAAGGGAAAUCAUCACCGGAGCUCCAGGAGCAAAACCCAUCAACCAAACCACCGACAAGAUUAGUAAAUUCCACUGGUUCAAUCACUUCACCACUAUUGUACAAAGAAGAAGGACAUGUUUUGAGGAAGUUCUCGUUUUCAGAGCUCAAAAAUGCUACUAAUAAUUUUAACAGAUCGCUAUGGAUAAAAAAUGGUCAAUUCGGAAAUGUGUAUAAAGGGUUUAUUCAACCUGUUAAACCUGCUGAUGAUCAAGGUGCACAUCUCUUGUUGGUGGCCAUCACAAAACUUUACAAUCAUUCCAUGCAGGAGCAUAAAGAAUGGCUAUCAGGAGUUGAGUUUCUUGGUGUUGUGGAACACCCUAACCUUGUAAAGCUAUUGGGAUACUGUUUAGUAGACGAUGAAAAAGAGAGACAAAGUCAAAGACUAUUAGUUUACGAGUAUAUGCCAAACAAAAGCUUAAAUUAUCAUCUCUUUAACACAGCAUCGCCACCAAUUCCAUGGAUGAAAAGGCUACAAAUCCUCCUUGGUUCAGCCCAGGGUCUCGCCUAUCUCCAUGAGGGUUUAGAGACCCAGGUGCUAUUUGGUGACUUCAACUCGGGGGAUGUGUUGUUGGAUGAGAAUUUCAACCCAAAACUUUCAGAUUUUGGGCUUGAGAGAGGACAAGUACGCAACCUGUCGUACGUACGUACAGUGUCUUUUUAUGCUUCCCCGGAAUACGUGCACUGUGGUCAUCUAAAGUCAAAUAGCGAUUCAUGGAGUUUUGGAAUUGUACUUUACGAGGUUUUAUCGGGCAGAAGGGUUAUUGAUAGAAACCUUCCACAAUCUCAACAAAUGCUUACCAACUGGGUGAAACAGUUCCCAGCCGAUAGCAAGAUAUUCUGGAAGAUGAUUGAUCCACGUCUAGCAGAUAAUCAAUAUUCUCUUAGUGGGGCCCGAAAAGUUGCAAAAUUGGCUGACAGUUGCAUGCGAAAUAAUCCGGAAGAUCGACCAACGAUGAAUGAGAUAGUUGAUGUGUUACAUGAGUCAAUUAGAGACUCGGAAGAUGAACGCCAGAAUCCGUUACCAGAGUCGUCUACAUGAAUAUCCUAAGAUGGCGUUUUGUUUGUCGAAUUUUGGCGUUCCUAGCUAGGUUUGGUUUCUAAAAGCGUAGGAAAUUAAAUUCCAUUAAAAUGCAUAUAUAAAAUACCUCAUCCGGUUGAUUCUCAUUAAAAAACUAAUGUCGAAUGCUCCUUUAAUUUGCUGCAUAGCUUUCUCUCUCGAUGAUUGUUCCCUUAACUUGUUGUAUUAUAUCAAUUCGUGAUGUUAAUUUUAGAACUUUUAUUAUAAUUCUGUAGAUUGUACCAUGCAUAUUUAAUAUUGUAUGGCGGAUAAUUUAAUGAGAUGCUAAUAAUUACCAAAG